AGCCAUGGCUCUUGGUGUUUAUACAUAUUUCGUUACUAUUGUGAUCUCUAAUUUCCAUUGUACUCCACGGUCGAGUUGCUUACAUAUUCGGUGUCAUCAAGUGUUUACACGGUCACAAAGCAGACCGUUCGUGUCCACCGUUCGUGACUGUGAGGUGACCGAUACAACUCUCACCAACAUUCUGAAAAGAACGUUCGGCUUAAAACUGCAUCUUCGGAGCUUUGAGGGUUUCCUGAAGAUUCUUCUCCAGUGUUACACAAUCAACAUGGCAGCAACUGAAGAUAAACAGUUAUCGUAUGGAUGGCUUAGAUUUCGUCCGUCAUUGCUACAGUUUCUCAACACUCCAAAAUGGUUUCUGUUUUUCUUGAGCCAGUAUUUUUUCACCCAAAGCAUCAUUGUUAAUGGUGUCUACCCAGGCUCGAUCAGCACGAUUGAGAGGCGGUUUGGUUACUCCAGCUAUAUGAUUGGUAUGAUGACAAGUAGUUACGACAUAGCAGCCAUGAUCAUUACUCCUCUGAUCAGCUACAUCGGGGGCUCAAGGAAGAAACCGCUGUUUUGUGCCUGGGGUUUGUUUGCAAUGGGGGUUGGAUUCUUUAUCUUCAUGUUGCCUCAUUUUGUUUCGCCUCCAUACGACGCCACAGCCAUCAUUACAAACUCUAACACGAGUAUUACCGAUAUAAGAGUCACUGACGUCGGACUUUGCUGGGCAAAUCGCACCGAUCAACUUAGAAAGAACCAAUGUAAGGAAGAAACCGCAGGUGGAAACACUCUCUACUACGCGCUUUUCGUGCUGGGAAUGGUUGUAGCUGGAGCAGGUUGCACUCCGAUGUACGCGUUGGGAAUCCCAUACAUGGAUGAAAAUGUCAAAGCCAAGGUGACGCCAAUGUACGUUGGCAUAUUUGUGGCCAGUGGAAUUCUUGGCGCUGCUGUGGGUUUCGUAUUGAUCUCCAGAUUUCUUUUAAUGUUCGUUGAGCCUGGUGUCCAGACCUCGCUGACCAUACAGGAUAAACGUUGGGUGGGGAACUGGUGGAUAGGCUUUGCCAUAUUUGGUGCGAUCUGCGUGUUCUGGAGCAUUUGGAUAUUAGGAUUCCCAAAGGAGUUUCCUCUUACAAAGAAACGAAGAGAAUUAGAUAUAUCUGCCACAAACACUGCGACCAGUGCGGCUAGUAAAGAAGAUAGUGACAAUAAUCAUGAAUCUAUUCCAAAAGAUGAUAUUGGAUACUCCAGACUAAAAGAUCUUCCUAAAGCUACAAAACUGGUAUUUUCUAGUCUCCCGUUCCUUUUCGUAACUGUGGGGGCAUGCCUGGAAAGUUUCGUUGUUGCAAUUACCGGAGCGUUUCUUCCCAAAGUAAUUGAGACACAGUUUUAUCAGCCCCCAGCAAGAGCAGCCCUGCUUUAUGGCUUAGUAGCAGUACCAUCUGCAUUUUGCGGAAACAUAUUUGGGGCAUACAUCAACAAACGUCUGAAACUUAACAUGACUGAUUCCGCCAGAAUGUGCUUUAUUGUUGCUUUGUUGGGACUUGUUAGCUGCGGUGCGUUCCUCCUUAGAUGCAACACUCCAAGUAUAGCGGGUGUUAAUGCCCUGUAUUCCAACAGUUCCGAUCCCCAUCAGCUCUCAGUGCCAUGUAACCAAGCCUGUAACUGCGGUAAAAUGGAUUAUACUCCUGUUUGCGAUGGACCGCUAAACUAUUUUUCACCAUGUCACGCAGGCUGCAAUAGAAUAAAUACAACAACCAAGGGAUCUUUUUACUCCAACUGCGCUUGCGCUGCAAAAUCUGGUGGGAGCGCUAGACAAGUGAAGAAAGGCAACUGCUACAUUGAUUGCGGGCUCAAGUUUCUUCUGUUCAUGGUUGCUGUGACUUUGACCCCGUUACUCACGUUUAUGAAUAACACUCCAGGGUUGGUAGUCACCUUGAGGAGUGUACCACCCGGUCAGCAGUCAUACGCAUUAGGACUCCAGAUGGACCUUGAGAGGGUCCUUGGCGCCAUCCCAGGGCCAAUUAUAUUUGGAGCCCUCUUGGACAAGACAUGCAUCCUUUGGAGCUCAAGGUGUGGUCACCGGGGAUUUUGCCUUGAGUACGAUCAUGAUGGGCUGGCUCAAGUUCUGGUCGCGGUAAUGGCUGUCUGCAAAUUCAUCACCGCCACAUCUUUUUUUCUUUGUUGGUUCUUUUGCCAAAGAGAAAAGAACACAGCUGACAAGAACACGAAAGAGAACGACGAAGAAAGUUUUUGUUGUUACGAAACAUCUAUGUGAGGACUUUGUUUUACGUGAAGGAAAAAAUUGUGAAACCACCCCAAAACUCAGGGGAAUCACUAAAUGUACUUUAUCUGCACACCAUCAGAUCUGAAACUUAGUUUUAUAGUGGCCUUUUUGAAGAGCUGACCACUAAAAAGACAUUCCAUCUGAGUGCGAACCAUUCUCGAAAUAGGGUCGGACCAUUAUUUUUCUGGAGGGGGAUAUGAGAAAUUUUCUUUUGCAGACAUUUUCUUUUUUAACUUAUACGUCUCCCCAAACAUAAUUUUUCGUUUUGUCAACGAAUGUGUGAUGUAUGUCAAGAACUGCGGCUGCUUGAACCAUUUCGUAUAUCAUUUUUUAGAGUUUAUUCGUUUAUGUCGUUCAUGUAAUUCCUUGAGUUCUGAAAUAUGUAUUAAGCAGCCAUGAUAAAUAUAGCCAAGCUUGCAGAAUAUUAUUCAUUUAUUACAGUUUUGAGAAAAUACGUGAUAUAUGAAGUUUUGUAGUGGGACAAAAUGUUGACAAGUAACGUUGAGAUUUAACUGCCACAAUAAAUUUCCAUUUUCCAAGAAAUACUCAGCUAUUUUCAGAUUUUUUGUUUGCUUAAUACAGAGUGACCACCUUUUAGUGCCCAAAUUCUGUUCAUUCCUCAACUAAUGCUUCAAUUUGUUACUUAAUUUUUUUUAAAUUUCAGUUUUGGUAAUAAUA